AUGGGGGUAAUGGUGCGCGCGGAGGAGCGCAUGCAAAAGUGGUGCACCCGGGCGGGGGGUACAGCCGGUAGCGCACGAGACGGCUGCACAGCGAGCGGAGAGAUUGAGGCUGGUGAAGAGGCAACGGGGCACAGCCGAGUGCCGGACAAGGCACUCUCAGGAGAGGCCGACGAAAUCGAAGGAGAUAGCGAGAAAACGGGUGGAGACGCAGGGAAACCGCGCACGCGACGCGAACGCUCAAGAGGGGUAUGUACAGGUCCCGGCGGGAUUUGUUUUGAUCAACAGAUACGG